GCUGUGGGCUGUGAUUUGUAGUCAGGCGCCGCGGGCAGCUCAGUGGCCAAUAAUUUCCCAGCAUGCCUCGUGCGCGUCCUCUUUUCCUCCAUCUUGGCAGCAGCGUAUCAGGUGACCAGCUGAUCAAGAGGGACCAUGCCUGGCAGACUCUGGAGUAAGGCCAUCUUCACUGGCUACAAGCGUGGCCUGAGGAACCAGCGCGAGCACACGGCGCUGCUGAAGCUGGAGGGCUGCUACAGCCGCGACGAGGUCGACUUCUAUCUGGGCAAGCGCUGCGCUUAUGUCUACAAGGCCAAGAAGAACACCGUGACCCCCGGCGGCAAACCCAACAAGACCCGCGUCAUCUGGGGCAAAGUCACCCGGGCGCACGGCAACAGCGGGAUGGUCCGAGCCAAGUUCAGCUCCAACCUGCCGGCCAAAGCCAUCGGACACAGAAUCAGAGUGAUGCUGUAUCCGUCGCGGGUGUGAGCGCUGUUGCUGCAGUUGUUUGUAAAUAAACAAUAAAGUGAUGACAUCACUGUCGCA